CGAUCACAACUCAUGCGCUUAGCAUGGUUGUUAGACCGGAACUGCAGUGAAGCUGGGUUAUAUGGCUGCCUGCUUAUCUCUACGAAAACAUGGAAAUGAAAUAAUAACAAAAAGGAAAAAAUUAGACAUAUCUUGGAAACAAUUUGCAGCAUUCCUGUUGAUUUAGUUGCCUUUUAUUCUGAAUUUAUUCGAUCUGAAAUGACUGAGCAAGUCACAUACACUCUGGACAUGUGUUUGUGAAUGGACACAAGGAGCCAGUCCAGUAUUUUAUGGCUGAUAAUCCCCAUGAUUUUGAGGAAAAUCUUAGACGGCCAUAUGUGACCUGCUCCCCAGCAACCAAUUUAAUGUGAGCGACAGUCAGUGACAAAUCUCUGGCAGGGUCUUAAAGUCUUCACUGUGAGUUCUGCUACAAUGCUUGUCAAAAGCCACCUGUAAAAGGAUGGACAGCAGAGUGAUACCACCUCGUUGAACAGUAACAGGAUGCCAGUGGCACAUGGUACCCAGGCCACGCACGACUGGCUGCGCUCUACAUGGCACAUCCAGGUGCCCCAGAUGUGGCUCGAUGCUUGUGUUGAAUGGGUAAAAGAGGAGGCAGGUGGCAUGGCCUUGCCUCAAGCCGAGCUCAACCAGCAAGUCCUAGACCAGUGGCUUCUCACAGACCUUCGUGACCUAGCUCAUCCCGUCCUGCCUGCUGGCAUUUCGGAGGCAGAGAAGAUGGAACUUAAUGGUUGCUACUGUCUUCAGGUGGACUCCCUCCUCGAUGUCAGCCAGCCGGCCUAUUCUCAGCUCCAGCGUAUAUCCGGCUCUGAUUGUUCCAAUGACGAAAUUUCAGCUGUGACUCAAGCCACCCAAAGACCGUGGGAGGCGAAACCAACUCGAAUGCUGAUGUUGCAGAUCACUGACGGUGUUCAGAUCAUGGAGGCCAUAGAGUAUCGCCCUGUUCCAGCUCUAAGUCCCAACCUUCCCCCGGGCACCAAGCUGCAGGUGGUGGGAGUGAUGAUGGUACGUCUGGGGGUGCUGCUGCUCAAACCAGAAAAUGUAAAGGUGCUGGGUGGAGAAGUGGAGGACUUGAUGGAGGCACAUUCUCAGAGCAGACUGCUCCGCCAGACCUUAGGGUUGCCUGAGGAAAACCCUCAGCAAGUAGCAGAAGAUCAAGAGGUCCAGCAACGGACAAGGAUUGAGGGAACCCUGGACAGUGGAUAUGAGAGCAUUCCAAGCAGCAUUACCUCACAAAUGACCAGGAGAAAUGAGUCUCGUCAGUUAGAGAGCACUAGAUUAAGCACCCUCGAAGUGACUCAAAUGUCUAGACAGAGUCGGCCGGAUAUUGAUGAUAUUCCAGAUGAGGACUUUGAUUACAUUCCGGAUGACUUCAUGGAAUAUCCAGAGGACAUUCCAGACUUUCCAGAAGACUCUGACCAUGGGCAGGACAACUUGGGUAACAGUCUAAACGACUUCAGUAAUGGUCCAGAGGAUUUUGAUGACCUUCCAAUGGAUGAAUUGGAUGACAUGAUGUCACCUACUGAUCCCGAAAUCUUGCUCGACAGUGAACGUGUGGAAAAUGAAGGAACACCACAACAAGAUGUUUUAAGUACAGACUACAGCCAAACAGCUCGUCAAGUCAACAUGCCUCAUGCAUCAAACCGUCUUAGUUUACAUAGGAAAGCUCCUCUUAGUGAGGCAAAUCUAAGUGAACUGAUUGAAAUUGAUCUGGACGAUGAUGACUUUUCAUCCUCAGAACCUACGUUAGUCAGAUACGAGUCCAAAUCACAGGUUCCACAAAACAGCUGCAACAAAAAAGCUGAAACAAUAAGCCUCGACCAACCCCGAGCAUCAAACCCCUGCAGCUUGUCCCCUGAUAUUCCCCACAGUGAUGCAAAUCCAACUGAGGUUAUUGAACUUGACACAGAUGACGACUUCUCCUCUUCCCCAGAACCAAAGAUGCCCAGAUAUGAGCCCAGAUCACAGGUUCCUGCACAAAGCUGCAGCAAAACACCUGACACAUCAAUCCUCAACUACCUUUGUGUUUUAAAGAAUGGUGUUUGGCCACCUCUGAGUGCUCAAGUAGUGCGGAUACAUGCUUUUAUAGUCACACUGCUAGGGAGCCUGCGGAGCAGUGGAGGGGAAUGGAAAGUCAGGGCCACCAUAUCGGACGGGACCGGAUACCUGGAUGUAGAUCUAUCGGACAGUUUGCUGGCGAAUCUGAUUGGCUUCUCAGCAGCAGAGUCUAAAGUUCUAAGGAAGGAUCCAGCAAAGCGUGGUGUGGUGGAUGCUGGGAUACUGAAGUGUCAGCAGGAGCUGGUGGAUAUGUGCUGUGUAAUGAGUGUGCAGGUAGACCCGAACGGAUCGGGCACAGUGCUGAAAGCCGACCCGAUAACCGACCGAGAGUUCUGCGAAAUACAGCGGAGGGUGAUGGACAGGAAGUCCUAACACACAUAAUGCUGUUUCUUCCAUGUUUUUUUUUGUUUUUGUUUUUUUAUAUUAUUGUUACUAUUGAACAAGCAGGCAGGUAUCAGUUAGCAUCUUGCGUGACAACUGAAGGACCAAAUGAGGCAUUCAAAGCAUUUAUAAUAAACCUUUCAUAUGUAGAAAUGUUGUUUGAAUGUUGUUUUCCAAACUAGCAAGAAAAUUAUCAUUCAGACUCUAAACUCUAAUUCACAGUCUAGACCUUGGCGGAAAUGUAUGUCUGGCAACUGCUGAUUGUUUAAUUUCUGUCUUUUUUUAUAUUUUAUUAUUUACAAAUAAAUGUAUAAAGCUCA